AUGGUGAAAUUCCUAGUAGAUGCCAAGGCAGAUUUGGAGAAAGCACGUGACGCACGUGGCCGCAGACCACUGUUUCGUGCUGUUUCCCGGUAUGACGGCAACGUGGUAUGCGCGCUGAUCGCUGGAAGAGCCGAUGUUAAUGCUGUUACAGAGGAUGGCACAACGCCCCUCUUUGCUGCUGUCGAAAGUGGAGAUCUGCGGGUAGUAAAGGUUUUGCUGGACGCCGGGGCUGACAUUGAGAAAGCCCGAAAAGAUGGCACUGCUCCCCUCCUGCGGGCUUGCGAACUACAGCUGAAAUCCACGGUCUGUUUGCUCAUUGAGCAAAGGGCCGUGGUGGACAGAAGGAGGGCCUGGGAUGGUCAAACAGCCAUUAGCAGAUCAUCUGCAAGCGGCUACUCUGAGAUCGUUUCCAUUCUGGCAGGUGUACAGGCAUAG